AUGGCCAAUGCAGCGUUAGAGGAGAACUUUGUCAAGGCGGCAUCCCUUGUGCGUGAAGGAAAUCAUAUCGCCGCCAUUGGUUUGUACAAGACGAUUAGCUCCGACGAGCACAUCACAGUGGCACAAAAGAUACGGGCAUUUUCUAAUAUGAGCGCCUGUUAUGCUGCGCGAGAACAAUUCGCUGAAGCACUUAGUGCUGCAAAGGAGGCCCUUCAGAUGGACGACCGCAACAGCAAAGUUCAUGGGCGAAUGGCAGCAGCCUACCACGGGCUCAAGCACUACGAGGAGGCCUCGCGACACUAUGCUCGUGCCUACGAGUUGGACCCUAACACUAUUUUGUAUAAGGAACAACAUCAGCUAGUGUUAGAGCUGAUGCGCAGUGGCCGAGGUGUCGCAUCGAAGGACACCCUUGACUCUUACUACUAUCGCAAGGGUAUCGAGCAGGGAAAGGAAGCCAUGACGAAGGGCGAGUAUUUGAGUGCUGUGCGGCACUUCUCCAAAGCGAUUGAACUUCAUACAAAAUGUGCCUCAAAUGGGGAGAGUAACAGGGGGAAUGGCGGUGGUAGCGUAGCGGCAGAUAUGGCUGUUUUACUAUGUAAUCGAAGUGCUGCUUAUGCUCGUGCUGGCCGCUGGUCGGAAUCGCUGAAGGAUGGAAUGAGAGCUAUAGAGGUACAUCCGACGUACGCGAGGGCAUUCUUUCGAGUGGGAUGCGCACAGCAUCAGCUGAAGCGUCCACAAGAGUCUUGCACAGCACUGCGGCGUUGCCUUGAGCUGGAUCCCAGUCACGGCGAAGCGAAGAACUUGAUGGUGGAGGUUGAGAAGCUGGUUGCUGAGGCUUGUAAGACAACGGAAGAGAGAGAGCGCGAACGCGAGAUACAGGUGAGGGAGAUUCUAGAGAGGCAAAACGCAGAGGGUGCAACGCACGCGGUUGGGAGCCGGGGACGUGCCCAUGCAACUUCAUAUGUGCUCUGCAGUUAUUGUAAUGACGGUGGGCACACGCGGGAAGAGUGCCCCCUUCUGCGUCGCAAGCGCUCUCGCACUUCAUGA